CCUAAGGCGGGUGUCCAUAUGCCUGUUGGGUGUGUCUAAAGGUGCAAAAGAUCCGUUGAGUCAUUGACCGAAGCGACAGAGAGAAAACCAGAAUAAUAACUCUACGCCUAAUAAGAGGAAGAGGACAAGAGGCGAGCAGUGAAGUCACAUCAUUUGCAGUCCGAGAGCGCAACUUCACACGGAUCCUUCUUUCUCCCUCGGACCGGGACAAAGUCCGUCGGUUUCUCCUCAAAGACGGAAAAAUGGCCAAAGUAUUAAUUUAUACCGUUUGCUCAAUGUUGGUAAUGUCCCACGUGGAGACGUGUUAUGUUCCUGGUUCUCAGUACGUGCUGGUGCCAGAAACUAUUCCUACCGGAUACCUGAUCACCAAAGUCGAGGCCGUGGGGUGCGACUCCAAGUCCCUGAGGUUGACGGUGAGCGACCCCACCUUCAGCAUUGACAGCAGCGGAGCCGUGGCCGCGCUGCGUCCUCUCUGGGUGACGACCAAAGGGCGGACAUUUUCUGUGCGGGCGCAGGACUACAGUGGACAGCAGACCGAGAUGGAGGUUCACCUGUACAUACCUGCGAUAUACGACACGGAUACUAAAGGAACAGGGCUCCUUAGGCGCUCCAAGCGCCGCUGGGGCCCCCCGCCGCUCUACCUGCUGGAGAACGACUCGGGCCCCUUCCCCAAAGACCUGGAGACGGUUGUGUCCGAUUCAGUAGUCAAGUGCCAGUGUGAGGUGUUCUACGAAAUCAGCGGCCCUGGAGUCGACGAGCAUCCCGUCGGGCUGUUCUCUGUCAUCCCCGACACCGGGAUGUUGAAAGUGCACAGAACAGUGGAUCGCGAGGAGUUUCCCAAGUUUAGAUUAAGGGUCGAAGUUUUCAACAAAGCAACGAGACAGCCAACAGAUGAUCCUCUGAACAUCGAGAUAGAGGUAGACGACAUGAAUGACAAUGCCCCGGAGUUCGUGGAUCAGCUGCAGUUCACCGUGCUGGAGCACUGCGACACAGGGACGGUGGUUGGCAAGGUCAACACCACGGACAAGGACAAAGCUGACACUGAACACGUGAAGAUCAACUACCAGCUUCUGUCUAAUAAAGACCUGUUCGCCAUCAACGCUCAGACGGGCGUCAUAACCACGGUCUCCAAAAGUCUCGACAGGGAGGUGAAGGACACGUACAUGGUGCUGGUGCAGAUCAAGGAUUUGAGUGGCAGACCCCAGGGUCUGACAAAUACGGCGACGGCGACAAUUUCUCUCACGGACAUCAACGACAACCCGCCGACUUUCAAGAGCAGCUCCCUUAAAGCCACCGUCAAAGAAAAUGAAAGCGAACAACUGAUCCUCAGGAUCCCGGUGGAAGAUAAAGACUUGAUAAACACACCCAACUGGAUUUCCAAAUUUGUCAUCACCAAAGGAAACGAAAACGGGAAUUUCAGGAUCGCCACGGACCCCAAAACAAACGAGGGCCUGCUUUAUGUCACAAAACCCCUAGAUCACGAGAAGAACCCAAAUGUAAAGCUUGAGAUCCAGGCCCGCAAUGAAGCUGAGCUCAGCGGCACCAGCAGCCAGUGGAUGUCCAUCCCUGUGGACGUCACCGUCACCGAUGUCGACGAAGGCCCAGAAUUCACUGCCCCAAUAAUGCGCUUAACCAUCAAAGAGAAUUUACCGAACGGCACCGUAAUAGGAACCUACAAAGCAGUGGAUCCCGAAACCGAGACCAGCGAAGGCAUCAAGUAUUACAAGGUUGACGAGCCCGCUGCUUGGAUCAAUCUCAACAGAGACACGGGAGAGCUGAGGGUUGCAAAUACAAUCGACAGAGAGUCGCAUUUCGUCAAGGAUGGAAUUUACAACAUAACUGUGAAGGCUGUCGAUGCCACCGCCAAGACAGGGAUGGGAAAAGUCGUCCUUGUGAUAGAGGAUGAGAAUGACAAUGAACCCAGGGUCGCCCCAGAAAUGUUCAUGUGUGAGAAUAAGGACACCAACCUUGCAUCUGCGGUGAUUGUGGCUGAGGACGGAGACCAAACACCGUAUUCUGCCCCCUUCCGCUUCAGCGUGGCAACUGGCCACGAGGACGUGUGGUCCAUGAACUACCUCAACGGCACAGCUGCUACGUUGCAUCAGGUGAAAGAGCUUCCUAGUGGGUUUUACAAAGUCCCGGUUAUGGUCACAGACCUGCAGGGGUCUGGCAGAGAACAGACAGUGAAAGUACGGCUGUGCCAGUGCAGAGAUGGAGUCUGCAUGGACAAGGAGUCCUCGGUGUCGUUUGGGCCACUGGGUAUACUGGCCAUGCUGCUGCCUCUACUCCUCCUUCUCUUGCUCUUUUUAGUCCUUGGGUUUUUCUGCUUGACGACGAGAGACACAGCUGAAUUCGAAGAUCUUGGUUACAGCGGUGGAAACCUGCUCACGUCAAACAUAGAGGGCCCCGGCGAUGAAGUAGAUUGCAUCCCUGUCCUACCCUCGGACCUUCAGCAAACGGUCAAGGGCUCUGUGAAGGGUUCACUCGUGAACGUGGCGUGGCCUGGACAGAAGAGUUUCAGCACAAUCGGAGGCCAGAGCAUGCACGGGGGAGGCUUUCAACAGGGCCUUUCCACCACUGAAAUGCAAGACUACACCAACACCAACCAGUACAACACGCAGUAUUUUGGAAACCAGUUCACUGGUAGUGGCGCCACCCUCGACUACCGGCGAGUCACCCAGGACUCGGCUUAUCAUCACAACUGGCUAACCAAUGGGGUUUAUCUGGAUCAGAAGCUUUCCUACAUGGGAAAUGAGUCUGACGGGCGAUACGCGGACGACAUCAUCCACUCCUUCAGGUAUGAGGGGGCGGGCUCCGCCGCCGGCUCCGUUGGAUGCUGCAGUGACCACGAAGAAGAUAACAACCUCGACUUUAUAAACACGCUCGGCCCAAAGUUCAAUCGCCUCGCGGACGUGUGCAAAAAGACAUGAACAAAAAUGCUCCUUAUUAACCGCUUUCUUUACACUGUAGUUUGUUGACGCCCGGGAUAUGGACUGUUGUGCAGUUUGUCAUGAACGAGGAAAAGAGCAUGCUGGUGAUGUCAGCGUGUGUGUGUGUGUGUGUGUGUGUGUGUGUGUGUGUGUGUGUGUGUGUGUGUGUGUGUGUGUGUGUGUGUGUGUGUGUGUGUGUGUGUGUGUGUGUGUGUGUGUGUGUGUGCGUGUGCGUGUUGCUUUUUUUGCUGUUUAUUCUCUUGUCAUUUUUUUUGUUGCUUAUUGGUAUUUUGCACUGAGAACUAGCAGAUGGGUUGUACAUGAUUUAUGUUCAGCUUUCCUGUGUGUUUAAGGAACUUUCUGAAGUUAAAACAACUCUGAGAUAAUAAGAAAGUGUAAAUUUUGUUAGGGACAAAAGUGAUGUGAAAUUAAGUAGUUUUGUGUGAGAUAUAUGUGUAUAUAUAUAUAUAUAUAUAUAUAUAUAUAUAUAUAUAUAUUACUGUAUUAUAAAAAAUAAUAUAAUAUGUUUUCAUACUAAAGGAUAUCAACCUACAUCAAAGUACGUGAUGGUCUGUAUGGAAUCGAUACAGACAAACUGGUCAUUUUUACCCUGUAAGUGUACAGGAAGUAUAUAAAACAAGCUGUUUGUGCAGGUAUCUUCUCGUCCCAGUUGUCUAGAUUGUAGAAUGUCAUGUAAACUACUGUCAGUAGAUGCAAAACAAGGCGAAUGCAUGGCUUCUGCUUCCUAGAGGUGUGUAUUUUGUUGUAGGAGUUGUGUAUUUUUCUCAUGAAUUUCACUUUAGUACAGAUUCAGUUCUAUGGGAAGAGAGGCCAGCACCUCCCUAUUUUGUGUCUAUUAGCUGUAGUCGGACCCCGGUAGUAGACUUGUACUGACUGGUGCGGUGGUGGCAGGAGAUGCCUGUAUGAACACGUGUACUGCACACUUCCAAACCUACAAUGACCGCAGGGUGUCUGCUAUCUACACUGUUACUAAAGUAGAAUAGCCCUUAAGUGAUCUACUUGUCAGAGGUUUAGUUUAAUUGUACUUAAUUUUUCUGCAAACACACAUUCUCCUCUAACUUCAAAUUGUUUCGAGUCAUGUUUUGGUCCCAAACAAAACUUUACAUUCCUUACCAGCUAAUAAAAGAUCUCGUCUUGUUUUAACUCUUUAAUAUUCCAUUAACAUGAUAUUUGCCUUUAGAGCUACAGUUUUGCUCAUGGAGGUAUUUAUGAAAAGAAGGGCUCCAAGGGUUUGUAUUAAUAAGAUUUUUGGUAUUAUGGUUUUUAUUAAUCUGUGUUCAUAGUAAAUAAUGCAUUUUUAUAA